AAUUAGGGCCGGGAGAGAGGGGGAGGGGGAAGCCGGCCCUUGCCUGGUGGAGGAAUUAGAUGGCAAAACAUGGAUUUUUAAAAUGUUAGACUUGACAUAUUCUGCAAAGAGAAUCUUUGUUUCUGAGUUGAAGGCGUUGGUUAAUUUCUAAGGGUUUAUAGCUACAGGGAUGGAGGGGGCUGAAAAGGACCAAGAGUUUUUUUUUACACUGCUUGUUUGUCAUUUUUCCUUACAGCCACCACGCUAGUCUUGGCACAGGCCUGCUUCUAAUGCGCCGUCUUUUCUUCUAAUUUAUUAUAACUCCGAAUAAAGGAAAAAAACAACAACAAAGAAAAGCACCUUUCGCCAGAAAAAUCUGAAAGAAAAUUGGUACUGGCUAGAGCCUCUAAAAAUGUAGUUUCUCAAAAUUCCAAAAAUUAAUUUGAACGGUCUGACUGAACACUAAGUCUGUAUUUACAUAGCAACCAUUUCUGGAUUUUUGUUUUCCACUGCUUACUGGGUCCCUUAUACACCUAGACUAUCUUAAGCAAACCAACUAAACUUAAAGGAAAGAAAAUAUGCAUUUGUAUCUCUCUUCAGUAAGAAGAUAUACACCAUUCUUUCCUCUGAUUCUGCUCAAAAUGCAGGACAUAGGUGAAUUUCAUUGCAAGGUCAUCUAUUUGUGGAGACAGUUACACAACAUUGUUUAUUUCUUUUCUCUUUAGCAUCCACAAAGAAAACUGUAAAUGUGCUCUCUAAAGGCAAAAUAAUUUGUCACUCUCCUUUCAAUAUAGUCCCUACAGAUUGAGAGGAAAAAUUUUUUUUGGGGGAAAAAAAAAGCUAUUGAACAGAAUAAUUGUUACACAAUUGUUUCCAAAGUCAAGCAUUUUAUUCCAACUCAGAGCCUUAGUAACUCUUACUUAAUAUCUACAGUUACUAAACUAGGUUUUGUUACUUAGCCCAUUGCAGGUUAGAAGCAAAAAACCAAAGCUGGGAAGCAGGGGCACUGUUUGAAAGGGAAAAGUGGCCUCAGAAGUGACAAUUAUAGUCUAACAUCAAAGGCACAAUGGCAACGCUCAAGGAAAAACUGAUUGCCUCAGUUGCAGAAGCAGACACCUUGGUCCCCAACAGCAAGAUCACUGUAGUGGGUGUUGGACAAGUUGGUAUGGCGUGUGCCAUCAGCAUUCUGGGAAAGUCUCUGGCUGAUGAACUUGCCCUUGUGGAUGUUUUGGAAGAUAAACUCAAAGGAGAAAUGAUGGAUCUGCAACAUGGGAGCUUAUUUCUUCAGACACCUAAAAUCGUAGCAGAUAAAGAUUACUCUGUGACGGCCAAUUCUAAGAUUGUGGUGGUGACAGCAGGAGUUCGUCAGCAGGAGGGGGAGAGUCGUCUCAACCUGGUGCAGAGGAAUGUUAACGUCUUCAAGUUCAUUAUUCCCCAGAUCGUCAAGUACAGUCCUGACUGCGUCAUAAUCGUGGUUUCCAACCCAGUGGAUAUUCUUACAUACGUUACCUGGAAACUAAGUGGGUUACCCAAGCAUCGUGUGAUUGGAAGUGGUUGUAACCUGGAUUCUGCUAGAUUUCGCUAUCUUAUGGCUGAAAAACUUGGCAUUCAUCCCAGCAGCUGCCAUGGAUGGAUUUUGGGAGAACAUGGCGACUCAAGUGUGGCAGUGUGGAGUGGAGUGAACGUGGCAGGGGUUUCUCUCCAGGAACUGAAUCCAGAGAUGGGGACAGACAAUGACAGUGAAAAUUGGAAGGAAGUGCAUAAAAUGGUGGUUGAAAGUGCAUAUGAAGUCAUCAAGCUAAAAGGAUACACCAACUGGGCUAUUGGAUUAAGUGUGGCUGAUCUGAUUGAAUCCAUCUUGAAAAAUCUAUCCAGGAUUCAUCCAGUGUCAACCAUGGUGAAGGGGAUGUAUGGCAUUGAGAAUGAAGUCUUCCUGAGCCUUCCCUGUAUCCUGAAUGCUCGGGGGUUAACCAGUGUUAUCAACCAGAAGCUGAAGGAUGAUGAGGUUGCUCAGCUCAAGAAGAGUGCAGACACUCUGUGGGACAUCCAGAAGGACCUAAAAGACCUAUGACGCCUGAGCUCUAUGCUGUAGAAAUUUAAAAACUAAUCUGAAUAACUUAAGCCUUUAGUUAUCAUCCAUGUACAUGGAUCACAGCUUGCUUUUCUCUUCCUAAAUAUGUGAAUUUGGGCCCACAGGAUUAAAGCCCAUGCUUGGCUUAAUGUUUAAAAUAUGAGUCCUUGAAAAAUAAAAUUAACUAUGGUAGUGUG